CUUAGAAAUGGCUAUGAAGAUGUGUUUUCUCCUCUUUGUGUGCUCUGUCAUUGGUGUUUUUUCCAUUGCACCACCUGCUUCUCCUUUAGAUGGACUCCUUCCCAAUGGAAAUUUCAAAGAGCAUCCAAAUGCGCAAGACAAGAAUAAAACAGUGCUGCCCAAAUGGGAAAUCAAUGGAACGGUGGAGUACAUCUUGGGCUCGCAUGGCGUUCGCCUGGGCAACGGGGCGUCCGUAUCCCAGACGGUCCUCGUGAAGAACGGGUCCGUGUAUGCAUUGACGCUGGGUGCGUCAAGAACUUGCGCACAAGACGAGGUGCUGAGGGUGUCGGUGGCGGGGCAAACGGGCGACCUCCCGUUGCAGACGCUCUACAGCAGCAACGGAGGCGACACCUAUGCGUGGGGAUUCAGGGCUUACUCAGACUCCGUGAACCUGUCUCUUGGAAACCCCGGCACGCAAGAAGAUCCGGCCUGUGGCCCUCUUUUGGAUGCUGUUGCCAUCAAGGAGCUUUUCCCUCCAAGGCCCACUUUCGUGAACCUGGUAAAGAACAGUGGUUUUGAGGAGGGCCCUCAUGUGUUGACGAACUCUUCCCAUGGCGUCCUCCUCUCGCCAAAACAGAUAGACUCGACCUCCCCGCUUCCCGGCUGGAUCAUUGAGUCUACAAAAGCUGUAAAAUUCAUAGACUCGGAGCAUUUCAGUGUCCCAUAUGGAAGAGGGGGAGUAGAACUAGUUGCCGGGAGAGAGAGUGUGGUUUCCCAAAUCAUCAGAACGCUCCCGAGCAAAACCUACACUCUCUCGUUCGUGGCUGGAGAUUGCAGGAAUGGGUGCCAGGGAUCGAUGAUGGUUGAAGCAUACGCUGCUCAAGAGGCAAUGAAAGCUGCUUUCAAAUCUCAAGGGAAAGGGAAUUUCUCCACUUACAGUUUCCAGUUCACUGCAGAAAAGAAUAGGACCAAGCUUACUUUCUUCAGCUCCUACUAUCAUACCAAGAUCAACGAUGCGGGAACACUUUGCGGCCCUCUUCUCGAUCAAGUCCGCGUUUUCCCUGCUUCCAUCGUUUAAUCAAUCAGUUAAUUAGUUGCAUUACUAGAUUUAUAUACUACCAGCCUCAUACAAGAGACCCUAUUGUAGUUACUAACUACUUAAUGAAUUGAAUAGCAAGAUCUUCUUCA